AUGGCUUCUAAUCCAAUCGGAAUGAAGCGAAUAGCCAUGGCGAGUACAUCUUCCGUAGGCAUUUCAGUUCUUCCUCUUUCCCAGCUGAAGCCAAUUACUAUUGAAGUUCCAUGUAAAGAAAGAGUUAUUUCUCAUAGAUUUUCAACAACCAGAAACCCUUCUUAUUCAACAAGAGAAUUUCACGGGUUAAUAUCAAAGAAAAUGACAUUUAUAACCCCCAGAUGCAGCAAUUCCUCAAGCCCUGAUGGUGUUACUGAUGACUCAUCUAAUAAAGCCAAGGUUCCAUUUGGGUAUAGUAGGAAAGAUGUUCUUUUUAUUGGACUUGGAGUUACAUUCUUUGGGAUUGGUCUAAAAAGUGGAUUGGAGUUCUUUGGAGUUGAUCCUUUGCAAGCUGGGAAUGUUGUCCAGUUAGUGUUGGUGUUAGGUCUUACAGUUGGAUGGAUUUCAACUUAUAUUUUUCGGGUCUCAAAUAAAGAAAUGACAUAUGCUCAACAAUUACGUGACUAUGAAAUGAAAGUUAUGGAGAAACGGUUGGAGGGUCUAAGUGAAGCUGAACUACAAGCCUUGCUUGAACAAGUGGAGGAGGAAAAACGUUUGCCAAGAGAAUAA